AUGAGAACUCUAAUUCUUCUCGGCAUACUGGGAGCCACAAUGUCAGCCCCCCUUAUUCCACAGCGCCUUAUGUCUGCAAGCAACAGCAAUGAGUUGCUUCUGAAUCUUAAUAAUGCUCAGCUUCAACCACUACAGCUUCAGGGCCCAUUUAAUUCAUGGAUUCCUCCUUUCCCUGGAAUUCUACAACAGCAGCAGCAGGACCAAGUUCCAGGACUCCCCCCAUUCUCUUUAUCAACUCGCGAGCGGUUUGCUGGACUGGUCCCAAAUCAGAUAUUCAUCCCAGGACAGGUCAGUUUUGCCCAAGGAACCCAGGCAGGACAGCUGGACCCCUCACAGCCUCAGACCCCACAGCAGACCCAACGGGGCCCUAAGAAUGUUAUGCCCUCUGUGUUCUCCUUCAAAAUGCCUCAUGAGCAAGCACAGAUGCUUCAGUACUACCCAGUUUACAUGUUCCUACCCUGGGAACAGCCUCAACAAACAGUCGCACAGUCACCUCCGCAAACAAGACAGCAGCUAUUUGAGGAGCAGAUGCCAUUCUAUACUGAAUUUGGAUAUAUUCCACAACAAGUAGAACCUGUUAUGCCAGUAGAGCAGCAGCAGCCAGUCUUUGAUCCCUUCCUAGGCACAGCUCCUGAAAUUGCUGCGAUGCCAGCAGAAGUGUCACCAUAUUUACAAAAAGAAAUGAUAAAUUUUCAGCACACCAAUGCAGGAAUCUUCAUUCCUUCAACUUCACAAAAACCCAGCACAACAAUUUUUUUUACUUCUGCUGUGGACCCAAUUAUUCCCACAGAGCUAACAGAAAAGAAGGCCAAGACUGAUAGCCUGAAGGAACCAUAAGAUGUUGUCCUAAUCAUUCAGCGUUUAGG